AUGGAUUCAUCCAAUAGUGAUGCGGAGGCCUCUCAAGCAUAUUUGACAUCCUCUACCAACCUAGUGACCCCGCCUGAGACUGUGAGUAUUGGGAGCUCCGCCACUGCGAAACGAACCGAGAACACAACACAACCUCAGGAGCUGGUUGAUCGUAUCCUGGACUUUCUCGCGACCUCCAGCCAUGAAACACUCCUUGGCGUGUUUGUUUUCCUCGCCAUCCUAACUUAUAUAAUAUUGGGUAGGAUUGGACUCGUCUUGAUCGGAAUCGGAUUGGGGGUCGUCUUGCAUGCUUCGUGGGAAGGGCCCGGCCAUGCAGCGGAGGAGGGGGGGAGGCUUGCGAACACCCAAGAAAAGAAAGGAGCUGGCGCUGGAGAGUGGCCUAAGCAUGUUUCUCUGGUAGAUCAGGAUGCCCAGGAUGGCAGCAGCCCAGUCGCUGUACCAGAAGAUCUAUCGGCCGUUGAUCUGGACUUUGCGAGGUUCCAACCAGCCACGGCGGCAGCUUUGAGAUCGCUGACGGAUGCUGUGAUCAAGGAUUAUGUCAAGUUUUGGUAUGAUCCGAUUCUGCCCAACGAAUCCAUAUUUCCUGCGUCUUGUCGGCGAGCGUUAACACAUUUCGUAACGACGGUGGCAUCUCAUCUUGCGCGGAAGCGGACUGAGGAUACUUUCCUCCAAUUUUUAACGAACUCCUCGUCCAUAAUUAUUGUCUUCCUGAACGAACUCGCGGCCGCCUUUGCGGUUGCGGAAUCUCCGGAUGCAGAUGCAAAGAAGAUUGUGGACCAGUAUCUGGAAACCGCCCCGGAUAGUAGCCUGGCGAAUGUUUUGUCUCGGGACCAACAGCGGAAAAAACUCACCAUGGUUGCUGAUGAUAUUUUAUCAAAUUUUCUUGAUCCGAAGACCUACAGUUGUUCUCCAGCAAGGGAUUUUCUUCGUGAGGUUUUUGCGGGAGUCAUUUUGGAGUCAACCGUCGUCAGUCUCUCCCGGCCUGAGUUUAUUAAUGACUGGAUCAUUUAUCUUCUUCAAGACGGUGAAUCAGAAAUCAUGCAUGCAAUCGAUGCUGGCGUCGAAGGCGCACGAAAUCAGGGAGUGGAUGCCUCCAAAGGCUCUGAGAAAAAGACCGCUCCUUCAGGACCGAAAAAUAAGAAAAUUCAUCCCGACUCAAGGCCCUCCUCGCCAAUUCCCAUGGACAAAGCAACAGAAGACGCCAUGGUGGAGGCAAAACGAUUAAGUGCGAUGAUCGCAUCCCAAGAUGUGACGAGCACACCAGCCAGGCAGGUGGCUAGAAAUGGGUCACCUCAGGACCUUCCCACAUCAACAGAAGAGACCAGUGAAGCGACAACCAGGCGAGGAAAUGGAGAUCAAGACCCAAACUCCGAUGUCUUAGCGAACCAUGUCCCUAGCAAAGAGUUGCUCCCGACUCCAGAAGCUGCAACAUUGCUUCCCACGCCCCCGAGUGCCCAGUCAACAUCUUUACUGCAAGAAAGUCCCACGCCGCCCGCUACUCUUCAUUGUGCUAGAGUGUUGGUAGAUGAUGAUGCCGCAGGAGGCGAGAAGGGUCUUAUCAAGUCACGGCCUGCGUGGGAUUACCUGCUUCAGAUUGAGCCUGCUUCCACCCGAGCGACAGGGUGGAUGGUGUUUCGGAAAUAUUCCGACUUUCAGUCUCUCCACGAGACACUUGAAACGGUUUCACGGCUCAAUCGAAUUUAUGUCUUCGCCGAUCAAUUCCCCGCUCUACCCUCUUGGAAAGGGAAAACAAGGCAAGCCCUAGCUCAGGAAUUAGAAAGAUAUCUGCAGGAAGCAAUCAACCAUGAGUCACUUGCGGAAACCGAACGGAUGCGACGCUUUCUAGAGAAAGAGGGAAACUCUGGUGAGGCCAGCCUCACCAAGCCAGGAUUCUCGUUCCCUAGUCAAAGUGCAUUCGAGAAUAUGGGCAAGGGAGUAUUGGGAGCGCUAACGAACGCCCCCAAGGGCAUGGCAGGAGGAGGUCGGGCUGUUCUCGAUGGGGUUACCGGAGUCUUCGGUGCAGUUGGGCACAACAGAAAGCUGUCCAGUGUUUCAGACCGCCCACUCCAACACCGGAAGAGUCCGUCCAAAGCUGACCGAGAUCUACCGGUGAGCCUCAGUUUCCCCGAUGGCUCCCACUCUCACAAUUACUCAACAGUGAACCCUACUGUGGACCACCCUACUCCUGGCGAAGAUACCCAGGUACAGGGUCAUCCCAUACCGAAAGCAUCGCCGGUAGUGUCCCCGGUAGCGUCCCCAGGAGUCUCCCCGAUAGCAUCCCCGGUAGCUCCGGUCUUCGACUCCAUGAAAGAUUCCAAAGAUCCCAAAUCUCUCACAAUCAGCGAACAGGACACAGGACCAUCGAAGUCGAAUCUCACGCAACCUGAUGACCGUAACUCCCCUGUGUCAAUCAAAUCCAUAGAGGAAACAACCACCACGGAAGACCUUCAGAUGGAGUCAGCUACGAUGCAAGACAAACCAGAAUUCAACGGUGAUUCUGAAUCAGUAUCCGAAAGCACACGCCGACUUGGAAAUCCCAUCACGACUGACGAGACUCAAAUCGCGGUGGAGUUAAUAUUUGCCGUGAUCAACGAACUUUACACACUAUCGUCUGCAUGGAACAUCCGCCGGACUCUAUUAAAUGCGGCGAAAACGUACAUCCUGCGUCCAGGAAGUCCAACCUUGGAGACGAUUCGGGAGUUGCUACAAGACUCUAUGAUUGAUAGCCAAACGUCGGAUGCUGCGCUCGCUGAAUCUCUUAAGAAAUUACGAGAGAAUGCUCUUCCAACGGAGACAGAAUUACAAUCCUGGCCCCCGCCACCUAGCGAAGAGGAAAAGGCCCGGUUACGAGAUACGGCACGCCGCCUCUUUGUUCAGAGAGGAAUUCCGCAGGCGCUGACGAGCGUAAUGGGUGCUGCUGCCAGCCGGGAAGCCCUUGAGAAGAUCUUCAAUAGUCUUCAAGUGGAGACGGUAGCUCGAGGAUUUGUAUUCUCGAUAAUGCUGCAAGGUCUGCGACGCUCCCUUGAAGGAUCUGACUCUGGUAAAGAGAGUCGAUUUCAGUCAAAGAAGACCCGGGUGAACCUUGAUGAUAAGAUAAGCGGAACGAUUGACUCCAACGGGGAGCGAUACUGGGAGAUCUCCAAAAUGCGACGCGUGUCGAUUGCCUCGUUCCGAGGCAAGACCAUGAUCAGCGUGCGAGAAUACUUUGAAAAGCAAGGACAGGAGCUGCCUAGCAAAAAGGGAAUCUCGAUGCCCGUGGAACAGUUUGCAGCACUAGUACAGCUUCUCCCUGAAAUCGAUCAAGCUCUCAGGCAGCAAGGAGUGUCGCUGCCUCGCCCAGAAUACUUUGGAUCCGGCGGCCAAGCUGGAUGUGAAAUUGAUGCAGAGCCAGAGAAUCGCUCUCGCAAGGAUCCUCCGCCGCCGGGAGUGCGAAUGAUUAUUCGCUCUCCAGGUUGCAUCUGGACAGAAUUCUUCCCACCCAAACUGAUAUAUCGCUCCUCAAAACCCCCAUCUGACUUGUUGAUGCGACGCACCCAGAGGUUUUGA